AUGAGAAAAGUUUUGUGCAUUUGCCAAAUUGAUCUCUACGAAGCAAUGAGACCUAACUAUAAAGAAAUCGAAGGACAAGGAAAUGAUAAAACAGAAAUGCAGAAAAUUGAUAAAAUAGUUUGGAAAGGAAAGGGAGACAAUGAAGCUACAACAAGUGAAAAACAAUUAAAUGAGAAAGGAAAAUUAAAGAAAAGUGAGAAAGAUGUGAAGAAAGACAGAAGUGAAGGGCAAGUAGAAAAGAAAAAAGAGGAAAAAAGAAUCAAUAAUAGUGAAGGCACAAGUAGAAAUGAAACAAAAAGUGAAGAGCAAGGGAAUAAGAAAAAAGAGGAAAAAGAUGAGAAAACUAGGGAAGAUACAAUAAACAAUGAAAAAGGAAGUGAAGAGCAAGAAGAAAAUACGAAAGAGGAAAUAAGAUUCAAUAAUAUUAAAGACACAAGUAGUAAUGAAAAAAAGUGA